AUGUCCGAAAUCAAAACCUUUCCGUUGGGCAACUUCAAGCUCAAGUCUGGCGGCGAAAUUCCAGAUGCAUUCAUAGCAUACAAGACCUUUGGGUCCUCAUCAAACCCGGCUAUCAUCUACCCAACAUGGUACAGUGGCCUGAUUGCCGACAACGAAUGGCUCAUUGGCGACGCAAUGGCUCUGAGUCCAAAGAACUACUUCAUCAUUGUCCCGGCCCUGAUUGGCAACGGCCAAAGUAUCAGUCCAUCCAAUACCCCCAACUUACGCCCCUGGCCCGAAGUGACUUUCUACGAUAAUGUCAAGGCGCAAUACCAGCUCGUAACCGAGGGUCUUGGCAUCAAGCAUGCCCGUUGCGUGCUCGGCUGGAGCAUGGGUGCCGGACAAACAUACCAGUGGAUCACGCAGUACCCAGACUUUUGUGACCUGGCGGUCCCGUUCCUGGGAAGUGCCCGCACGAGUCUGCACAACCAGGUCUUUCUCGAAGGUGUCAAGGUGGCUGUGCUAGCCGCCAAGGGGGCGGCAUCAGGUGGCGUGGUCCAAGGUGAGAGCACAACGCCGGCGUCGCAGUACCGCGGCUGGAGCGAGGAAGAGCGCCAGACUGGACUCAAGGCCCUCGGGCGCGUCUAUGCCGGUUGGGGCUUCAGUCAGGCGUUUUAUCGGGCCAAGCUGCACGAGUCCUACUUGGGCUACAAGAAUCUGGAGGAUUUCAUGGUUGGCUGGUGGGAAAAGUGGGCGCUUAGCAAGGACCCCGAGAACAUGCUUGCCAUGCUAUAUACCUGGCAAGCUGGUGAUGUCUCGGACCAGGAACCGUACAAUAAGGAUUUCGCGAGUGCAAUGAAAGGCAUCAAGACAAAAACUCUUGUUGUCCCGGGACAGACAGAUCUGUACUUUCCUCCAGAAGACUCGGAAAUCGAAGUCGAGAAUAUGACGCCCGGUGUUGGCAAGUGUGUCGUCUUGCCGUCCAUUUGGGGCCACUGGGCUGGUGGUCCUGGAGACAGCAAAGAGGAUGUCAAGUGGCUCGAUGACAGAUUGAAGGCAUUCCUCAAGGAUGGGAGUUGGUAA